AGGGGGUGAAUAUCCUUCACAGCGAAAAUGGGCAACAUUUUGGUGAGUAUGACGGAGUGGACUGCCCAGCAGUUUGCGGUCACCUUCGUUUGGGUUUAUGUCGUGCUACUAGCAAUUCAGCGCUUCAUUUUCGAUAAGCCAUGGGGAGCACAGGCUAGGUGCCGUAAGGCUAUCGAAACGAAUGAAAAAACUAGAGCAAGUGGUUUUGACGAGUUCCGCUCCCGCGUGGCUACCAAUGAUACUGCUGUCAUUGAGAGGCGGAAGGAAAUUCUUUCAUGGUCUUUGCUUGAACUCAGAGAUCGCUUACAAAAAGAUGACCUGAAUGCUACACAAGCCUUGGAAGCGUAUGUGUGGAAGGCCAUGGAAGUUCAGGAAAGACUGAACUGUUGUAUAGAAGUGAUCAAGGAGGCAUUCGAUACUGCUAAUGAAGCCGAUAAGAACUGGUCAGGAAAAACUCAGAAACCACCAUUGUAUGGUGUCCCGUUCAGUGUCAAAGGCAACUUCUAUAUGCCCGGUUACGACUGCUGCGUUGGUCUAGCGAAAUUCCUUGAUCAGCCAAGAUUAGAGGAAUGCACCCUUGUGACUCAUCUACGGAAUAUCGGGGCUGUCCCUUUUGUCAUUACAAACGUACCGCAAGCCCUCAUAUCUUUUGUGUGUUCCAACUCUGUUUACGGGACUACUUCGAAUCCGCAUGAUGUGAAAAGAUCACCGGGAGGUUCCUCUGGCGGAGAAGGAGCGCUUUUCAUGGCUGGUGGCACUGCAUUCGGUACGGGAAGUGAUCUUGCGGGAAGUUUGCGUAUUCCUGCCGCUUUCUGUGGAUUUGUAACUUUGAAGCCUACAGAAGGUCGCUUUGUCGUGGAAAAUACUCAUCCUGGAGUGCCAGGUCGUUCGCGCCUUGCUCUUAGUUUUGGUUUCUACACACAUACGGUAGAGAAUCAAGUGGCGCUGCUCAGAAAUGUCAUAGGUGAUCCCGAAUAUCGAAAAAUUGUACCCAGAUCCAUUCCAGCUCCACUAAAUGAAAAAAUUUUACAUGAUACAGCGAAAUUGCGUAUUGGCUACUUCGAUGAUGACGGAUUCUGUCCCCCGGUUCCAUGCGUCAAGAGAUGUGUACAAGAGACAGUCGAACGUCUAAGGCAAGAAGGUCAUGAGCUCGUUCGAUUCACUGUCCCCGAUGUAGACGAAAUGGUGCAGAUUCUUUACAAACUUAUAACUUCUGAUGGGGGCAGCUAUCUGCAAGCUCUAUAUGGGAAUGACGUUGUGGAUCCGUAUAUGAAGGAGUUCGUGAUGAUGUUGAAGAUUCCUCGCUGCAUACGUUACGUUGCAUCGUGUCUCCUGCACAAGAUCAGUCCGCAGCUGUCGGCUCUAUGUUCUGCAUAUGUCUCAAAUCUUGAAGAUUUGCGGUACACUCAAGAACGAUGUGAUGACUACAGGCUCAAGUUCACCGAGUACUGGAAAAGAUUAGGUAUCGAUGCUCUAAUCUGUCCGACUUUCCCUGUCCCGGCAGUUCCACAUCAAUAUCCUUCGAGAAUGUCAACCGCAGCAACUUAUACAGCCCUUUUCAAUUUGUUGGAUUUCCCUGCUGGUGCUGUACCCGCGGGAAAGGUGACUGCACAGGACGACGACGAUUUGUUGAAUGAAGCUAAAUACCCCACUGGUUACAACAUCGUUCUGAAAACCAUGCGUGAUGCUGCUUCAAAAAGUGUUGGCUUGCCUCUUUCCGUCCAGGUGGUGACGCUGCCGUAUGAGGAGGAGAAGUGUCUUCGCGUUAUGAGCGAAGUGGAGAAUGUCUGGAAAGAUGACCAUUCUACGGAAGAUCUUUCCACCUGUGUGUCGUUUCGAAGGACACUUGUGUAUGCGAAACAUCUUAAAGUCACCCAGGAGACGAUUCAUUUUCAGUUUGGACAUGAAGAUGAACCAUCUAGAACAAAAAUGAACCUCAUAAAGCAUGAGAAAAAGUUGGGUGGAGAAGACUUCCCUGCACAAAUACCGUCAAGGCCUUCAAAAGCUAUCAUCUACGGAGGCUCCGUCAUUGUCCCUGAUGUCUACAGUUCCGAACAUAUUGCUAGCCACGGUGGUUACGGUUAUUUUAUGAGUGAUCGGCAGGAUCGAGUAAAUCGUCUUCUAUUUCCUGAUGAAGCUACAACUGAGAGUGAAGUUCCGCCAUUGAGCGAUGUUGGACGCGAAUGGAGCGAAAAAACUCCAGUCUACGAGCGGCUGUAUCUUAGUCCCGAGGAGACAGUGUUUCUUUCGAUUGAUUCAAAUGUGCUCGAAGUCUCAGAAAGCAAACGAAUUCUUACGCCUGAUGAGUUAUGGUCACGAAUGAAAGAACUCGGAGGUUCAAAUUUUCUGAAGAGAUAUGCUGUUUAUCGAUAUCUACGUCGCUGUGGUUGGUGUGUACGAAGCGGCUUGCCUUAUGGAUGCCAAUACUUGAUCUACCGCGGAAGUCCUGGAUCUCAUCAUGCGGCUGCCGGCGUCAAAAUAGAGACACAGAUAGAGCCGAGAUUCUUUAUCGGACUGAAUCGUGCCCUUACAAAUAUGAAGAAGGCUCUCGUUAUAAUGACACCCAUAAUUCCUGAUGGACUCAAUACUUCUACACAAAGAUGCGUGGAUUCUGUGCAUAUUUCGAUGUCGACUUCAACUACAAUGUUUGUCGAACGCAAAAUGAACGAACUGAAGGCUAAGGACGGUAGCGAGCUUUCUAAAGACAAAGACAUGAAGGACAAGCCGAAGGAAAAGCCGAGUAUGGAAUCAUAGAAGAUUUGAUUGAAGGGUCCAGAUAAAUCUGCUUGGAACAAUGCCUUUGUCAGAACCAAGCAAUGCUCUUUCGGAUUUUAACUUGCCGUUACUGGAUUUCGUGCUGGUUAUGGGUUCAUCUACCUUUGCGAUAAGACAUGCUGGAAGCAUGCUAAUAUGUGUAAUAACCUUCGGUUUUCGGAGGUGGUUUUGGGGGUUUCUAACUCAUUAGAACCUAGCAAAUCACAACUUAGCAAUUAAGGAAAAUUACUCUUAUUCACUGCCUUUCAAAAGUUAGAUUAUCUUAGCUGCCUUUUCUGUUUUCGGUCCAAACACUUUUUAUUUUAUGAUGAUUUUGUUAUUUGGUACCACUAAAUUUACCAUAUGGUUGCUGAACUGUUCAUGACA